AUUCAGCUUCUUGAACCACCAAGAAAAAGGAAUCUAGGUGAGUUGAACAUUUUCUCCAUUUUGUCAGGUGCUGUUCAUCCGCAUCGUCACCAUCUUCCUUCGGGACUGGACCAGUCCUCUUUGGAAAACAGCAGAGUCCUCCUCGACCAAUCAGGGAGCUUUUGGGAUCGUCCUCGACCAAUCAGGGAGCUUUUGGAUCGUCUCGACCAAUCGGGAGCUUUUGGAUCGUCAUCGACCAAUCAGGGACUCUUCGGUCAGGGGGUUUUUGCCUCGGGCGACUCGUCCACCAGUAUAUUUGGAGGUGGUUCCGGUGGAUUCAGCAUCAGUGAUUCUGCCGACACGACGACAACGGCUGCUGGCCUCUUCGGGAGCCCAACACCGACGAGCACGUUCGGAGCAGGCGCCAGUCCUCUGUCGAGUUUCGGAGGUAGCGCCACAAAAACCAAUCUGUUUGGAGCCGGAGCCGGAGCUUUUGGCGGGGGAACGUUCGGCGGUAGUCCACAGGCCUCACCUGGACCAUCUGCUGCGGGGCAGGGAAUCGGUUCACCAGCUUCACCACCUAGUGGCUUGUUUGGAAGGCCAGUUACUACUGCUACUGGCGCUUCGACUCAGGGACAGACAACUCCGCAGAUAGGUGGAAGGAGUUUGUUCGGGGCGGCGGCGGCAACUCCGCAGCAACAAGAGGGUUCUCGUUCGACGGUCUACACGCCGCUGGAUCAGCUGACGGAGGAAGAGAAGGCUCAGUUCCGCGCUCCCGCCUUCACGCUUGGCAAAGUGCCAAUGAGACCUCCGCCAAGAGAAUAUAUCAUGGAUAAUGUGCAGUGAGCCCAACAGCUUCUUAAAGGACCCUGCUCGGUGGCGUGUGCUUUCAGACUUUGAAACUAAAAGAUCGGCGCCCACCCAUAGAAAGUUUUAAUGACUAGAAAGAAAACAAGAAAAAUGCUGAACAUAACACUGUGCGAUAAGAACAGUGUUUUCGUCUGCUAAACUAGGGGCUGUUCCCGAACUAAUCACAUGGAGGGUUGAGGCAGUUUGUAAACCACCUGGAAAAUAAACUUUGAUUUAAACCAUGUAUGUUUUAGAGAAAACAUUGCAGCGGGCCCACAAGCCAUAAAACAAGAAGUACAGUGCCUCCUGCCCCCACCUUUCUCUCCAUUCCCCUGUGGUCAAUAGUGGUUGACAAAGUUUUGUUUUGUUUAACAACACCACUAGAGCACAUUGAUUUAUUAAUCAUCGACUAUUGGAUGUCAAACAUUUGGUAAUUUUGACAUUUAGUCAUAGAAAGUAAACCUGCUACA